AGGCUCGCUCGCGACGUUUCCCCGGCGGGCCCCGCGCAUGCGCGGACCGUCCUGGUGACCUGGCCGGAGUGCAUUCUGACCAAAUGGACCAAUAUGGGUGGAACAUUAAGGAGAGCAAAUAAAAGUUUGUCUUGGAAGUUAAUAUAACUCUGCCAGAAUGUCGUAUAUGUUACCACAUCUCCACAAUGGUUGGCAAGUUGACCAGGCCAUUCUGUCGGAGGAAGAUCGCGUUGUAGUCAUUCGUUUUGGUCAUGAUUGGGAUCCAACGUGCAUGAAGAUGGAUGAGGUGUUGUACAGUAUUGCUGAAAAGGUGAAAAAUUUUGCUGUUAUUUAUCUUGUGGAUAUCACCGAGGUACCAGACUUCAACAAGAUGUACGAGUUAUACGAUCCAUGCACCGUUAUGUUUUUCUUCCGGAACAAGCACAUCAUGAUCGAUUUGGGGACUGGCAACAAUAACAAAAUUAAUUGGCCGAUGGAAGACAAGCAAGAGAUGAUUGAUAUUGUUGAAACUGUGUACAGAGGAGCUCGCAAAGGACGAGGUCUUGUGGUAUCUCCAAAAGACUACUCCACAAAAUACAGAUAUUGAAGUGUUGUCUGUGCACAAUUGAACAAUUUGCCAUAUACUUGGAUUACAGCCUGGAUUAUUACCAUUGUAAAUAAAAUCCCAGCCUCCCCAUUUCAUUUCUGGUUAGACUUUUGCAUUGGGUCAUUAUUUUACAUUGUCUAAUGCAAAACAUGUAUACUAUAAAUGAAUGGAAAAUUGUUUACAUCUGUUGUCCUGAAAAGAAACGUUUGAUGAUUUGCCAUCCCAACAAUCCUUGCGUAUCUGGCCGAAAUGUGAUAAUAAAUUAUAUUUUUAGUUUUGUGAUUUUGAAUAUUUGAAUUAUUAUGGUGUACCUUUUGAUAUUCAAGCGAAUCUAGAAGAAAGGCUCAUGAUUAAUGGGAGGUUGUUUAAAAUGUUAGUCUGCUAGACUGAUUGGAAAGGCAUAUCAUCAUCUCUAUUUUUAACAGCAGUUAUAUAUUUGCUUUUAUGAGCCAACUUUUUUUGUUAUCUGGCAUAUGGCAGCUGGCUUUCUGAAGAUGUUAAUUAUAAAGCGUCUCAAAAUAAAAGUAAUGCUAUUAUUAGUA